GCUCUGCCGUAGUACGUUGUGGCAUAUUUACUCCGCCGCAAUUAUCGGCCCUUCUGUAAGUCGAAUUUCGAAGUGAACCGCGUUAAAAUCAUCGCGUCCGCCUUCGACAUUAGCUGCCUGUCUACUGUCCCUUGGCCGCGCUCGAGAAGAGAACUCCCUCCAAAGCCAAUUCCCGAGCGACAGAAUCGUACCAUAGAGGUUCGUCUGAAGUCGAUAGACCUCUGGAACCAUGUCAGGCCUCUUUGGUGCCGCGGCCACAACAACUGCUCCGUCCAGCACAACCGGAGACGUCUCGAAGGAUGUCGCUCUUGUACAACCUCCUGAAGACAGUAUAUCUGAUCUUCAAUUCUCUCCACAAGGCGACUUCCUAGCCGUAUCAUCAUGGGACAAGAAGGUGCGAAUAUACCAGGUCAACGAGCAAGGGCAAAGCGAAGGGAAAGCCGCAAUGGAUUUCGAUGCGCCAGUACUCAACUGCGCCUGGUCUGAGGACGGUCAGAAAGUGGCAGGCUGCGGUGCAGACAAGACGUUUCGACUCCUUGACUUGGGCUCGGGCAACAUGACCCCUCAGACUCUCGUUGCGCACGAACAACCCAUACGCUCCUGUUGCUUCGCCACCAUCAACAAUUCGCCUAUUCUUGUUACUGGCUCCUGGGACAAGACAGUGAAAUACUGGGACUUCAGAUCACAAAAUCCCGUCGCAACACUACAAUGUCAAGAGCGAGUCUACACGAUGGACGUCAAGAACAAGUUAUUGGUCAUCGGGACUGCAGACAGAUACAUCAACAUCGUCGACCUCAACUCCCCCGAGAAAUUCUACAAAUCGAUGCAAUCACCGUUGAAAUUUCAGACGCGGGUCGUGAGCUGCUUCACGGAUGCUACUGGCUUCGCUGUUGGCAGUAUCGAGGGCCGCUGUGCGAUUCAAUACGUGGAGGAGAAGGAUGCCUCGAAUAAUUUCAGCUUUAAAUGUCACAGAGACAACCCGAAUGCGACCGGACCCAACCGCGACGUUGCCAAUGUAUACGCUGUGAAUGCCAUCUCGUUCCACCCUGUUCACGGAACCUUCUCGACGGCCGGCAGUGACGGUACGUUCCACUUCUGGGACGGUAACGCGAAGCACAGAUUGAAAGGAUACCCGAAUGUCGGAGCACCCAUCACGGCAACGGCAUUCAAUAGGCAAGGCAGUGUAUUCGCGUAUGCGGUAUGUUACGACUGGAGCCAAGGAUAUCAGAAAAACACGCAACAGAUGCCGUGCAAGAUUAUGCUACACGGUGUCCAGCCAGAUGAGGUCAAGCCGAGACCGGGCGGCAAGAAACGAUAGACUCGUGAGGGAGAAACUUUACGCAACGGCAAGGGGACGAAGGCACAUGGCGGGCAUGGUCAUGAAAUCAUGGGUCGGAGAACGUCGAGGUGAUACAGUCACUCCGACAAUGCACGUGUGUCAUUUCUACUAAGCAUGGACAUCGCUUCCGACUUGAAGUGUGGUGCAAUACUGCACUUUUAAAAGAACUUUGAUACAUUUUUACCCGGAUUGGCUCUGUGGCACUUAUGCCUGGAUAUGAGAGGAAUGAGCACUGAGUUCGAAGAUGAGAUGAUCGACUUGAGGGCUGAAAUGAUCAUCGCAGUCAUGAAGAAGACGUCUCGUCCCGAAAAGACACAAGAGUGGAAGUCUAUUAUUACGAAGCUGGUCCGUCCCAGCGAUAGUUGUUGUAUGCGCUUUGGACCGGGCAUUGUAAAACUUCAUACGGAGUACCUAAGUUACCCAUAGGGGCUUGGUCAAAAAAAAGCCAACAGUGAGAAUGAAAUAAUGAUACCCUUGAAUCACUUCCCCCGA